AUGGAGAGGCGCACUUUUGAAUCCCCCAUGGAUUGGGAAUAUCAGAGCACCGGGCCGCUGGAUCCCACCAGCCCGUUUGUACAGUCUGCUCAGAGAGCCCAGAACAACAAUGCCUUCGGUCUGCCCCGGACAAACACCUUUGGUCAACCAGGUCGGUUUUCAAGCCUAGGCGCAGGCGCAGGCGCAGGCCCAAGCACAAGCACAACCACGAGCACACAGAACAGCCCCCAUAAACCGCUUGCCCCAACUCCAGGCCGUGCUUCUUCAGCGUUCUCUUCAUCACAUUCUAUUUUCCACCGCACAAAUACUGCGCCCCCCUUCCGGAACCCUGCAUUCACGACACCCCGCAAACCCUUUGUCGACAUGGACGCCCUGUCCGAAGCCUCAGCUGCCGAGGACAGCCCGGCCCAGACCGACAUGGACAGCUGUCCAGAUACCCCCGAGACCGAUGGCAGGGACAACAUGCGGAGUUUCAGCCAGAUGACCCUCACCCCGGCAAGGUCCAAGGCUCUGAGUUCUGCCAUGUACAAGCGAUCCCCCGGGAAAGGCGAAAUCCCCCGCGGCUCCACGGCAUUUGGCACAAGAGACAAGGUACGGAAGCGAAAGAGACGUCACGAUGAUAAGGACAUCAGUGGCUUCCGACUCCCAUACAAGCAAUCAGAUGAGUGGGACGAUACCGAGGCCAACGAUUCUGACGACAGCGUGUACCAGCCAAACGAUCACCAUGGACCCAAGAAGUCGGCACGCAGGAAGGGCUGGUUCGGUGGAUUCCUCUCUGUCAUCCAGAAGCAUCCCGACGCUCCCAUCGUCUUGGGAUCCUGGGUCACGUUACUGUUCAACCUGGCCGUUGUCGGCCUGGCACUUUGGCUUCUUUGGGUCGUCGUGGCUAGCUUCCGGGAUGAUUUUUGGGCGGCCAAACAGGAGCUGCGCGCUGUCGUGGUAGAGGAAAUGGCCAAGUGCGCCAGAGACUACGCCGAUAACCGCUGCUCGCCCAGAGAACAGCGUCUACCCGCCAUGAAUGUCAUGUGCGACGAAUGGGAAGCUUGUAUGAGCCAGAACCCGGACAAGCUUAUGCGGGUCCGACUCGGUGCCAGGAACAUUGUCGAGAUUCUCAACGAGAUCAUCGAGACUAUGCAUUGGAAGACGCUGGCUGCCUUCAUCGCUCUUUUCGCCAUUUUCUGCUUCAGCGGCAUCUCACUCGUAAAGAGCAGUCAGGCCCCAUCAAGCUUCGCUUUCGUACCGCACCCACCCCAGUCGUCGCAAUCUGCCUUCCAACCACACCCACAAAUCAUGUAUAGCCACGUUCCGCAAACACCGAGAUCUCGCUAUCUAGAACACAUCCAAAACGACGAAACACCUGAUACGGAUGCUUCGCCUGACGUACAGAAAGCUCUUCCGCCUCCGUCCUACUACCACACCCCCAGCGGGAGGCGAAGUCCAAGCAAGGGCGAUAGGGCCCGCAGUCCAACCAAAAGCCGUAGUCCCUCGAAAAGGUGGUAG